AGAUUUUCCUUUUGGAAAUUAUAUUUUAAUAACAGUUUUGGAACUUCAUAAUUAUCAAGCUCCAGUUUGUGCUGCAUAGCAUAAUUAUAUAUAUCAUACAGACAUUUAGCAAGAAAUGUGAACAUCCCAAGAAACGUGGUCAUUUUAAUCUGAUCUCCCUUUAAAUGGAUACAUUUUGAUCUGAAACUUGACAAUAUAAUUGAAGCAGCUAUUGAAGAUAUUCCUUCACAAUGACAACCACCGACAACAGCGGCUCCACUGUGAACAAGCAGUGGGAGCUGUCAUUGUACGAGUUGCAUCGCACGCCUCAAGAGGCCAUCACUGACCACACUGAGAUCGCCGUGUCUCCUCGUUCUCUGCACUCUGAACUCAUGUGUCCCAUCUGCCUGGAUAUGCUCAAGAAUACAAUGACCACUAAAGAAUGUUUACACAGGUUUUGUCAGGACUGCAUCAUCACUGCACUACGAUCCGGCAACAAGGAGUGCCCGACAUGCCGUAAGAAGCUCGUAUCCAAGCGCUCACUUCGUCCUGACCCCAACUUCGAUACUCUCAUCUCAAAAAUCUACCCAAGCCGUGAUGAGUACGAGCAACACCAAGAGCGCGUCAUGGCCAGACUCAACAGGAACCACAACCAUGCAUCUCUUGUGAGCUCCAUAGAGGAGGGCAUCAAGCUGCAGAGCCAGAACCGUCAAAAGCCCCGCCACAAAGGGCCAGGAGGGGAGGAGCUGCCAGGACUGGGGGCUGGCAUGAACAGCCUGGCUAUCUCCAACACGCCCAUCAGCACCUCAGCUCAACACUCCACUGCUCAGGUUUUGUCCAGCGUGCCUGCAGCUGCUGUCUCCCCUUCCUCCCCUCCGCCUUCCGAGGGUGUGAGCCCCAGCGGCGCCCCCACUGCCGGACCAAAAGUGAAGCGCCCCCGCGUCGCUCCCCCACCAGCGCCCCUGACUUCUGAGAAUGAGUCUGCGGGCGGCUCCAGUGUGGAGGGCGGCACUCUGGGUGAUGAAGGAGAUGCAGUGGACCAUCUCUCUAAAUAUCUGGCCAUGCGCUUGACUCUCGCCAACCGCAACGGGGAGCUGGAGGCCGAGCUGCCGUCUUCCCUGCACAACUUCACCAUCUACGUGGCGCCGACCCCCGACACUUACGUGGCGCUGUCAGGGAGCUACACGCUCGAGCAAGUCAAUGAGAAGUUCUGGCGCGUCAACAAGCCCAUGGAGAUGUUCUACUCGUGGAAGAAGAGCUAAGGGACGAUCUGCUCUGCUGAGUAGAUCUGCUGCGCUGCCUCUGCCUGUCUUCGUACGAGCCUUUUGGUCCUGAAGGAUCGGUGCUCCUCGAAACAAUAGAUAAUAAAGAGAAAAUGUAUAAUAGUGAGACAGGGAAAGUUGGUGCUAAACUCGUGUUCCAACAUCUGUAUGCCCAAAAUAAUUUUAUUCGAUUUGAGUUGCAUCUCUAUGCUAAGGAAAGCUAGCAGUGCGAUAAGACUAUGAUGGAAGUAUUAUGGUUUAUGAGUGUGUAGCCCUCAUCAGCACAGUCAACUCUUCUUUAUGAAGUUCAUGUUUCAACGAAGUUCCUGUCGCUACGCACGACGUUUGCCCUAAGAUACGAGAUAACAAGUCUCUGCUUGCUGUUUCAUUCCUCUCAUCGCCUGCUGUCUUCAUUCCUCUCAUCGCCUGCUGUCUUCAUUCCUCUCAUCGCCUGCUGUCUUCAUUCCUCUCAUCGCCUGCUGUCUUCAUUCCUCUCAUCGACUGCUGUCUUCAUUCCUCUCAUCAACUGCUGUCUUCAUUCCUCUCAUCGACUGCUGUCUCCAUUCCUGUAAAAUAACUUCUCAUUUUCAACCUAAUGGCAGGCGAAAUUUUUACUUUGUCGCCACUUCUAUAAGCCGCCAGACGAUAUUCAUUUCACCUAUUACACUUAUUUGGCCCCGGCUACGUAUGUAUUUCUUAUUCUUUAGCAAUAAUAAAUUUCAUUUGUAUAAAAUCGGACUUCUAACUUUCGCAGCCCAAGGAUGGCUCUUGUGACCUUAUUUAAAGGUAAUUUAUUUGACUUUGAAGCAACUUUUAUUGACUGCGGUUUCAGUUUCUAUCUGCUAUCUUAGGGGCAGAAUACGACAUAAGGAAGUGUAGGUACAGCUUGGCGUUGUCUGCACCGAACAACUGAAUGGGAGCAAAGUAAAUGUGUUCGGAAGGUCCGCCGUUGACAGAAUGUAGGAAUGUCUAUAAAUACGUAUCGUCAUUCUAAAUUAUGGACCCUAUUUAAGAAAUUCGUAUUUAGUUAAGUGUAAACUCAAAAUAAAUAAUUUAUACACCAA